AUGGAAAAUGACACUCAUUAUGAUAGAAGUAAAUUUAGGGUGCUGUCCACGUGGUGUGAAGUGGAAGAUGAUGACGAUGGAGGUGUUAAUUUAACAAAGCAUAAAGAAUUUUGCAAAUUGAUGCUGAAAAAUUUGUUAAUGGUAAGUGAAGAAAAGUACAAAUGUGAAAAAGAAACAUUGCAGCAGGGAGGAAAGAAAUGGUGUGUUAAAGCAUGUGACUUAUUGAAUAUAUGGUUAUUGCAUAUAAAGGAUGAAUGCGUAUCGGAGGAUGUUAUUAAAGGAGUGUUCACAAGAGUGCAUGCAGCAGAUGCACUUUUCGGAGACACUGGGGAAUAUACGAAGUGUAUGUAUGGAAGGAUUAGUAAUUUACUAAGGGAUAAUGAUGAUAUGUUAAAUAAUAUGCUGAAAUGGAUGGAAUGUAAGAAGAGAGAGGGGGAAAUGGAUGAGGUUUAUAAAAAGAAUUGGUGUAAUAAAAGUGCUGGACUGAACAGAUCAGUUGGAUGGAAUCAAUGGAAAAAUAAAAAUACAGAUAAAGAAAGAGAGUUGGAAGGGGAGAAGUAUAUGGAAGAACUUAAGAAGGUGGAAGAGCAGAAGGAAGAUGUAUUACAAGAGAUAAAAAAGGUGUCCUUGGGACAGCAACCCCCUCCGCCCCCACCUCAACAACAGGAUGGUGGGCAUACACAACAAGGUGGUAAUAAACCACAGGGACCACCUCCCCCAGGAAAACCACAAGAACCACCACAACCAGGUGGGCUAAGUACGGAAAGUAAAGAUGAUACAGAUGGAAAAGGAAAAGGUAAGUCUUCAGCUCCAAACUGUGUGGAAGGAGUAGUGGACGGUAACGCUGAAGAUGCUAUGAAAUGUAUUAGUUUGGACGAUGAUGUGCCACCAACAGAACCGCCCACUAAUAUUGUGGAUGAACAGUAUGAAGCUACACGAACUAGUGGUCCCGUUGGUAGGGAAGGUAGUGAAAUAGCUAAGGUUGACAUAGCUGAGGAUCAUACUCAACUUCCUUCUUCCUCCGUCACCCAUGUUCCUGCAGUUCCUCCCGGUCUCCCCGCCGCUCCCACUGAUCCUAUCCCUGAUGACCCUGACCAGGAUCUCUCCUCUUCUAGUAGCAGUUCUAGAUCCUCCAGUAGUAGUAGUUCCUCUUCCAGUGCUACCUCCCCUGGUGUCCCUGAACCGGCCACUCCUAAUUCUUCGCAAGAUGAUAAAAUUGCUCAUACGAAUGGUGCACAGGGCCCAUCGGGUGGUGGACCACCUACUGCUAAUAAGGAUAGUACAAUUGAACAGAAGGAUCAUUCGUUAACUACUACUCCAACAUCAACACAGUAUCCAACAGCAACAACAACAUCUGUUCCAGCAAAAGGGAAUGAUCGGGGAAGUGGUCCGAAAUCAGCAGGUGGAAGGCAGGCUUUCCUUCCACCUAGGGUGUUAAAAUGGAAGGUAGGGAAAGAAGGAAUCGUACCUUUCGACCUCCUUACCCCAUACCUUCCUACCAUUCCUGUUUUCAUUGGUAUUUCUGCUAUGACCUACCUCCUCUGGAAGUACUUUGUCCUCGGUAAGCGAAGAAAACGUUACAAAAGAGCUCAUCAAGUACGUGUUCCUCAAACUUUGGAAGAACAACCUCUUGAUCAUGUGGACGACCAGGCAGAUGGUGCACAUGAAUAUACCUUAGUAAAGGAACGAAAACCGAGAUCUGCUCCAACGAGAAGGAGGAAAAAACGUUCUGGUCGCCGCAUGAUUAUUGAUAUUCAUUUAGAAGUCUUAGACGAAUGUCAAAGGGAAGAACUGUAUUCGACGAAGGAGGACUUCCUUGUCAUUAUUGUUCAAGAAUUUAUGGGAAGUGAAUUUAUAAAAGAAGAUUCUGUUCCUAAGGAAGGUGUUCCUAAGGAACAGGUUCCAUGUUCAGAUUCCAGGUUGAGGGAGGAAGACCUUGUUCCUAAGGAAGGUAUUCCUAGGGAAGAUGUUCCUCUGGAACAGAUUCCAGGUUUAGGGGAGGAAGACUUUGUUCCUAAGGAAGGUGUUUCUAAGGAACAGGUUUCCAGUUCAGAUUCCGGGUUUAGGGAGGAAGACUUUGUUCCUAAGGAAGAAGUUUCUAGGGAACAGGUUCCAAGUUCAGAUUCCGGGUUUAGGAAGGAACACUUUGUUCCGAAGGAAAAUGUUUCUACGGAAGAAUUUCCUAAGGAACAGGAUCCACGUUCAGGUUUAGGUUUUAGGGAUGAAGACUUUGUUCCAUAG